AGCUGUACCAAUAACUGUCAAGUGACAAAGGGAGGAUCGAGAUCGUUUUCAUCUAUCCAGAUUCUAUUCUGAUCUAUUGUUUAACUCCAUAUUUUUAUCUUUUUUAGUUAUGUGUAUUGCAUCAAAGUCACAAGGUUUCCGUAAAUUCAAUAACAGUGUAGUUUAAGGCUGCGUUAACUUGUUGAUUAGCUAUCAAAACACAAGCAAAAAUGAUUCAACCAGAUUACACUUCGGCAAUGGGUUUGCUUUCUCAUCUCAAUUCUGAUGAAUUGAAAGAAAUAUUAAACGACGACUCUAAAUUUGAUUCUGUGCUUAAAGAUGUGAAACAGGUAAAAGACUGGGAAACCGAGAAGGAGAUGAUAAUAGCUAGCAACCGGUCCCUAGCCGAGUUCAACCUGAAGAUGGAGCCGCAGUUGCAGGAGCUCAAAGCAGCGGUGCAGGAGCGCUCCGAGGAGGGAGAGGCACUCUGCAGUCGUAUACAGGAACUGCUAGAAGAGUAUAAAUCAAAAUCAGCCGGAAUCUCACUUGACACAACACAAGCACUGCUCCAGACAAGUGCUGCUGAAUCUGAGGAAAAGUCUGAAGAAAUAGCACAGGACUAUCUAUCAGGAAAGAAAUACGAUGUAGAGCAGUUCUUAGAGGCCUUCGAACCUGUCCGCAAGCAAAUGCAUCUGAGAAAAUUUAAAGCAGAGAAAAUGAGUGAACUGAUCAGAACAGGAAGCAGGAAUUCCUGUGGUAAUGGAUUCUCGAAGCCAUACUUACCGUAUCCUAAUUAUGGACCUGGCCAGAGUGCUCCAAAUGUGCCAUAUCCUAUGGGGCCUCUAAACAUGCCUAUGCCAGGAAUGUAUGGAAACCAUUUCUGAUUUCUGAAGCAUUUGAUCUAAAUACUAUUUUAAAUAUCGUCCUUAGCUAUAGGCAGUUCUUUAACAUAAUAAACAGCUGUAAAAUUUAUAACUUAAAGAUUUUAAACUCUGUUUUUUAAGUACACUACAUGUUGGUGCUUACAUAGUGAAUAUGUGAUUUAUUCAAGAAAUAGAACUCUUAGAUACUAUGAGAUAAUGUAGUUUAAAGUAUCUUAUGCAUAAAUGAUAGAAAAAGUAAAAUUAGGUAAUGUUAAUAAGUUUAGAUGCCUACAGCUUUAAUUUUGUCUGUCAAUAAAACCAUACAAGUCUUGUAUGUAAUUAAAAUUAUUAUAAAAGGUUAUAUUUAGUUAAAAUUAUAGCUCUUUUUUUAUAGAGAAAGUUUUCAAUUAAAGUAAUCAUCAACUUUAAAUAA